AAACAUCAAAGGCUGACUCCGUGGCCACUGAAGGGUAGAUUUUGGGCAUUCGGCGUCUGCUGCAACCUGACGCGAAAUGAUGGCUACAUACCUCCUUUGUGCGCGUUGUGCCACUUCAGCUAUCCGCUCAGGCUUUCGGUCUGUCAAGCCUCGCAGCUUUUCCUCGUCGCCACGGAGCUUCAAGUCGGCCGAUGCUAGGGCAAUAUCAGAAGCCUUCCUGAACAAAUUUUCAAAAGGCCAAACGUUUGUCCGAAAACAGCUGUUGGAUGCAAACCAGCUACGACUAUUCUCGCUCACGUUGGAUCGACCGCACCUAUGGUCCAGCUCGAAAUCUUCACCAACUAAGACACUAGAGGACGAGGAGCCGCUGGCCGGCACGCCCAUCCCGCCAUAUUAUCAUCUUAUAUACUUUACCCCGGCCCAGCUGCCUGGAGUGUUGGGACUAGAUGGAACAGACGCUUCUUUCAACCCAGAUGCACCAUUUACACGACGCAUGUGGGCUGGCGGAUCUUGUCACUGGUCAGGGGCGGACCCCCAUACGAGCACGCAAUCACUUUUGAGAGUCGGGGACACUGCCACCGAAAUUACCAAAGUGUUGAGCUGCGAGCCAAAAGUUAUUGGCAAGACGGGCGAGGAUAUGCUCGUCGUCCGAGUCGAGAAAGAAUUCCGAAAUAGCCAGGACGAGCUGUGUGUGCUUGACCGCCGAAACUGGGUCUUCAGAACUGCAUUGGACCCUGCUCAACCAGCAUCUACAGUGCCCAAGCCGACCGAACUGUCACAGGCGCAACUUGAUGAAGCUGCUAAGGGCAAGAUCCUGCAGGAGUACAAUCGCAAUGAGGCUAUGCUAUUUAGGUUUUCUGCCCUGACAUUUAAUGCUCACCGAAUCCACUACGAUAAGCCAUGGGCGACAGAGGUUGAAGGGCACAGAAAUGUGGUUGUCCACGGACCCAUGAAUUUGAUUGCCAUGCUGGAUCUCUGGAGAGACGCUCAGGCUGGUCGUAAAGCGGGUGUAUCACGAGAUGGGGUAUUUUAUCCCGAGAAGAUCGAGUAUCGAGCGACGAGUCCCGUGUAUGCAGGGGAAGCAUAUCGAGUGAUGAUGAAUGAGGGGGCCGUUAGUCAGAUGGAGGCUGAAGUCAAAGUUGUCAGCAAUGACGGGACUGCGUGCAUGAAGGGAAUAGUGACUGAUUGGUCGUCGACACCGUGAUGAUGGUGAUCAGACUGCGAGAACACCCAGACUCAGGGAUAGAGCUAUUGACCCAGCUGGGAGCGGAGGGAGGGCUGCCUGCCUGCCGGAAGAUGCCGGUUUCAUGGUGGAAUGCGAGGUACUAUUGAGGCUGUGGCUUAUGCAAAUCUGUAAGGCUGUACUCUUCUGAUGCAAGCCUUGAAAGAUGAAGGCGUGAGGAAUGAGAUCGAAGUCCGACGGUGGACGCCUCAUGUAUGUUGUGGGCUCGCUAAGUUAGGUGCUUGUAUCCUCCAUGAUGGCUC